UUAUUGAACAAAUUAGCCGUACAUAGCAAAUAACAUUUUGUGUUUUACUUCGUGUAUAAAUUUUAUAGACAUAUUUGUUAUUCAAUGAUAUCGCUUCGUCAUGCAGCGCAUGCGCAAGAAGCCGGUUCAUUUUGUGGUUGGACAUCGGUAAACGCCGAGUCGAACUGGGGAAAGGGAUGCUAUUAAGAAUUAAUUAGGACGGAUUAUCUGGAUUACAGUACAUGUUACUGUAACGACUUGGCGCGAAUCAGGACAUCCCUACAAUGCAGCAAGCAGUGAUGGAGGAGGAAGCCGCUUAUGAGCCCCCAUCUCUUAAAUAUGAUGAUGCUUUUCCAGCAUUACCAGAGUCUGUCACGUCAGCCUCCCCAACCGUAAACCAGCUUGGACAAUGGAACAAUAAAAUGAGAAUUGGUUCCUCUGUGGUUACCCAGGUUUUCAGAGUGCCUUUUGAGGAACGCAAAUUUGAUCACAGUGAUAAAUUUGGUGAAGGUGAAUCUUUGCGUACUUGUCUAAUGAUCAUGAAGGAAACUGGGGCACAUAUUGAAAUAUCAUCAUCAAAAGAUAUGUCCCUGACAUUCCUAGUGACUGGGAAACAGAAUGCAGUAUUGGAUGCAAGACGAAGGAUUCUGACACAUUUUCAAACACAGGCGAGUAUGUCCAUCUCCAUUCCAAAGGAGCAUCAUCGUUUUAUCCUAGGAAAAAGUGGUACCAAACUGAAGGAAUUGGAAAAGACGACAGCAACCAAGAUCUCUGUACCCAAUAUGGCUGACAGCUCAGAUAAAAUUACCAUCACUGGAACAAAGGAAGGCAUAGAGAAAGCAGUGCAUGAAAUUAAAGUAACAUCGGAUGAACAGUCCAAGCAAGCGUAUGAGCGCAUCUCUGUGCCAAAGAUGUACCAUCCGUUUAUCUACGGAGCACAUAACGAAAAGGUGACAGCUCUUAUGAAUGAGACUGGUGUAAGGAUCAACAUCCCUCCUCUUUCAGUGCAGAAAGAUGAUAUUACUAUUGCAGGAGAGAAGGAGGGAGUGAUGACAGCUAAAGAGCGCAUUCUCAGCAUCUAUCAGGAAAUGGAAAAGAAGUGCACACUUGUGUCAGUAGAAGUGCCAAAGUCUCAACACAAAUAUGUGAUUGGUCACCGUGGCAGCACCAUUGCAGAAAUCUUGCAUACGACUGGAGUCAGUGUAGAGAUGCCUCCCAAUGACUCCAGUACAGGCACCAUAAAUCUUCGAGGUCCUCAUGACAAACUUGGUGUCGCACUGAGCAUGGUGUACGAGAAGGCAAAUAGUGUUCUCACGGCUACUGUCGAUGCUCCAAAUUGGAUUCACAAGUACAUCAUUGGACGUAAGGGUGCUAACAUACGUGGCAUCACACAGGACCUAACAAAGGUGCACGUUGAAUUCACUGACAAGGAAGACAGAAUCAAGAUUGAAGGACCUCCAGAAGAAGUAGAGAAAGCUCAGGCUGCUUUAGAAACCAUGGCAGCAGACCUGAUAUCCAAGUUAACAUUUGUGGUGAUGACGGUCGAUCCAAAGUUCUAUAAACACAUUAUUGGGAAAAGUGGUGCUAAUGUUAAUCGGAUGAAGGAUGAACUUGGUGUGGUGAUUAACAUUGCAGAGAAUGAUGGUAACAAUGUAAUCCGUAUAGAAGGAAACAAAUCUGGUGUAGAAAGGGCAAAGCAGGAACUUGAAGAUAUGGUUCAUAAAUUGGAAAAUGAGAAGGAGAGGGAUAUCAUCAUAGAUCAUCGUUUCUACCGCAAUAUCAUCGGCAGUAAAGGAGACAAUAUCCGUGAGAUCCGAGAGAUGUUCAAUCAAGUACAGAUAACUUUUCCUGGCCCAGGGGAAAAGCGUGACGUUGUGAAGAUCCGUGGCCCUAAAGAAGAUGUGGACAAGUGUCAUAAGUACUUGUUGAAAAUUGUGAAAGAACUGAAUGAGAGCAGUUACAUGAUUGAAGUACCAAUCUACAAACAGUUCCACAAGUUUGUUAUUGGUAAAGGUGGUGCCAACAUUCGAAAGAUUCGUGAUGAAACUCAGACUAAGAUUGACCUGCCAGCAGAAGGUGAGAAAAGUGAUGUCAUCGCUAUAACUGGGAAGAAAGAGAAUGUUGAGGAAGCUAGGGAGAGGAUCCAGAAGAUACAAAAUGAACUAGCUAAUAUUGUGACAGAGGAGAUUGUGAUCCCGCCACAGUUUUACAACUCCCUGAUUGGUGCCGGUGGGAAACUUAUUCAUGCCAUUAUGGAGGACUGUGGAGGGGUUGCCAUUAAAUUUCCUCAAGCAGAGAGUCGCAGUGAUAAGGUAACAGUUCGUGGUCCAAAGGAAGAUGUGAUGAAGGCAUGCCAGCAACUUUUGGAACUCACAACAGAACGACAACUGUCGAGUUACUCGGCCGAAGUUCGUGCUAAACCCCAGCAUCAUAAGUUCCUUAUCGGGAAAAACGGUGUCAAUAUUAAGAAGAUUCGUGAUCUUACUGGUGCUCGCAUUGUGUUCCCAACUGACAAGGAUGACGAUAAGGAGGCCAUAACUAUUAUUGGAAAACAAGAGGCUGUCGAACAUGCCAAAGCAGAGCUUGAGGCCACUAUUAAGGAAAUAGACAACAUAGUUGAAAGUGAUAUGAGUGUGGAGCCAAAAUAUCACCGUCAUUUUGUGGCUCGACGCGGAGACGUCCUUCAUCGCAUCUCAGAUGAGUGUGGUGGUGUAAUGAUCUCCUUCCCCCGCCCGGGGGUGCAGAGUGAUAGGGUGGUGCUGAAGGGAGCAAAGGAAUGCAUUGAAAUGGCCAAGCAGAGAAUACAAGAGAUUGUUACUGAUCUGGAAUCAAUGAUCAGUAUAGAGUGCAUAAUACCCCAGAAGCAUCAUCGUACUGUCAUGGGAGCUAAAGGUUUCAAGGUACAGGGAAUCACAUCUGAAUUUGAUGUGCAAAUUAAAUUUCCUGAUCGUGAUGCUCAAGAGGAAUAUCACAAUCACCAGGAUGAAGGGCAACAGCCAAAUGGUGUUGUUGAGGAACAUGAACCUGUACGCAUGUGUGACGUGAUCCGUAUCACUGGCAAACAAGAAAACUGUGAGGCAGCUAAGAGAGCACUCUUGGAUUUAGUACCUGUUACUGUUGAGGUUGAUGUUCCCUUCGAUUUUCAUCGUUCAAUCAUCGGCCAGAAAGGUAAGGAUGUGCGUGAACUCAUGGAAAGGUAUGAUGUCCAUAUUGUACUGUCACCAGCAGAUCAGAGGCUUGACAUUAUAAAGAUAUCGGGUACGCCAGCCUGUGUCGAGAGAGCAAAAGUAGCAAUAGAGGAACGUUGCAAAGAGCUGGAAGCUGAGAGACAGGACCGCAUUCUGAAAUCAUUUGAACUUAAGAUUGAAGUUGAUCCAGAAUACCAUCCCAAGAUUAUUGGGAGGAAGGGCGCUGUCAUUUCAAAAAUUCGGUCUGAUCAUGGUGUACAGAUCAACUUCUUGAAGAAGGGAGAUCCUGAAGAACACAUCAUAACGAUUACUGGGUACGAACAGAGCACGCUAGCUGCUAGGGAUGACAUCAUGAAGAUCGUCAACGAUUUGAAUGACAUGGUAAAAGAGGAGGUACAUAUUGAUGCUCGAGUCCACUCGAGACUCAUUGGUGCUCGUGGACGCAACAUACGCAAGAUCAUGGAACAGUAUAAUGUUGAUAUCAAGUUCCCUAGAAGCACAGAUGCAGACCCGGAUAUUGUCACUGUGAUUGGUGCUGAAGAGAAUGUGUUGGAUGCCAGAGAACAUCUUUUAAACCUAGAAGAAGAAUAUAUGCAGGAUGUAAAUGAGGCAGAGAUAAGGGAAAGUUAUCGCCCCAACUCCAGUCGUGGUGACGAUGAUGCUUCUUUAGGCCACGGUAGAGGAGUUUCUGGUUUUGUGGUGAAAGGAGGACCCUGGGAACAAAGAGCUCCUGAUACAGCCAGCACGUCUGAGUUUCCGUCCUUUGGAGGUGGUGGAGAUACUCCACAAAAUGUCCCUUCUCCAUCAGGUGCCUGGGGCUCUCGUCGUUAAGAUAUUCACUCUGGUUCAUGGUAACAUCUUCCUAAGAAUGGGUUGCAUCUUCUGUGUUCACAUAAUCAUUUAGUAGUGAAUUUCUCUUACUAAAGUAAUUCUGUUUUUUAAGUUAUGAUAUAAACUGACAGUUUAUCAUUUCGUUAGUUAUUUACAUAUAUGUACCUCCUUGGAAUGGUACAAAUUGAUGCAAUGCUCAGAUAUUGCUUUAAAUGAAACUGCAGCAUAUUCUUAGGUGGAGCAUGUUCAUGUAAGUUUGUUCAUUUAUCUUUAGGAACUGAACUGAAGAUAUACUAGGAGUUAACACACUGUGUAUACCAGUUAGAUUGGGUUCAGUCAUCUUUGUUGUCUUUAUUGUAGCAAUUAAACAAAUAUGGGAUUAUAUAGAAUGAGAAUGGCUUGUCAUUGGCCUAAUUAAAGUUUUGUGUACUCUAAUGGAUUAGUAUAAUGACAGAAACAGCAUGUUUGUCCUUGGGAUGAUUUGUGUUGGCAUCUAUUAAUAAGGCAGCCCAAAACUGCAAAUUUUGUAUUCAGCUCAUGAAAACAUUCUGGCAUAAUUUGGUAUACAGCAUAUUCAUUUACUUGAUGUCUUAUCAUUGGACUCCACUAUUAUAUCUCUGACAUAGUCAAAAUGGAAGAGAUAGAGUAUAUAUGUAGUGACAGCUGGUAAUAGAGCAUAAAGUGAUACAUUGUCACAGCAGGUUGAAACGAAUUUAGUAUUUAAGUGAUAAUAGAACUCAGAGUACAUUAUUAUUUUAAUUAAAAAAGUCAGUAGUAAUACUGUUGAUAUAACAAGACAGUCUUUUUCAAGCGUGACCAAUCUCCUCAGCACGAAUGUUUAAGUUGGACUAAAGAAAAAAGGAGGAAUGUUGGUAAAUUAUAAUACAUUGUUCGGGUGGCUUCCCUGUCCUUCACUGACUGCUGCGUUAACGACCCUGGCCUGUUAUCUCUGGACUCCGAGACUUGGUAUUUGCUGAUUGGAUGUUAAUUCAAAGGUCUUCCCUUUUCCCCCCAACCGUACCUCUGCCCCAUGUAUUUAGAUUAACAAUUCCAUCCACAUUUGUGGAUGGAAAGGAAAUGGUUAUUAAGCCAUGUUAGGUACCAUUUUUCCAGAUCUGGGGGGAGGUGGUUUCUGUCACAUUAUGUCACUUUUCCAAAGUAGUUCAGCAUAUAAUUCCACAGGAAUGAUAGCUACAGCUUCCUGUUUAUUUCCCAGUAUACAUCGACAGUUGAAUCUGAUUAGGUUUUUAUCCCCCUGUUCACAGUUUUAUGAAAAAUAACCUGGUGGCUCAAAAAGUGGAAAAUUGCUACAUACUUUGACUAAGUGAUCACAGUACUUACAUAUCGAUAUGUAGACUAAACAAAACAUUUCUUGGCUUCCGCACAGAUGGCCUUCCACUUAUCCAUUGUAUUGAGCAAGGCCUAGUGGUAUUGUAAAUAUGAGAAAAGCCUGUUUUUGUGAAUGUGUGCGCGGAUGGUGGUCAUUAUCUUUGUCAUGAAGUUGAACAGUGGUAUGUAUGUUGGGACUAGUUCAACUUGUGUGUAUAUGUAAUAUGUGAAGUAAUAUAUUGCUGCCAGCCCAAGCUUUUGUAUCAGAAGUAUAUCAAUUUUAUAUACAUGCCUACAUCUGAUUGGGAAACUAAAUGAAAAUAAAAAAAUUGUUAAGUCUGUCCAUGACUAUAUUGAGCGUGUACAAGCUACAGAACACAAGUCCCACUGACUCUUUUUUGUGCAAGUCCUUAACUCUAUGCAGGAUUGCAGAUUGCAGUGGGAUGUCCUUGCUUAUAAUGGGGGAAAACUUGUUGUAUGUUAACUGAGUUUGCUUUAUAUAGUAUGUGGUCAGAUGAAAAAGAAAGCCCUCAUUAAUUCUUGCAUCAGGUGCAUUGAAGAGAUUAAAUGCAUUCAUAUAGUUGCUGUGUUCUAUUACACUUUUGUCAUUAGAAUUUCUAUAUAUUUAAUCAUCAUUAUGAUUGUUGCAGGCAGGGACACGAAAACAUACAAUUUUGUGCCUUGACCGAAGUAGCCUCCAGAUUUGUAAAAGCGAGUAUUCAAUUUUUCACAUAAACAUUUGGUUUGAAAUAUGGGAUUUAUAUAUAUUUUUUUUAUUAUUAUUAUUUUUGCUUUCUGCAUUCUUUGCUAUUUUUGAGAAAAUGACUGCCUUAGCUUAACAAUAUGGGUGAAGGAGGUGUACAUUAUAGCAUAUGUAUGUUGCUUUAAUUAUUAUUUCUACUUAGACAUUUAUCCUUUGUUGAGUUUAUAUUCACAAAAACUAUACCAUACAAACUUCUCAACUGAAUAUCAGUAGCCCCUUCUGUAUGAUACUGAAGUUUGUACUCUCCUAGGAUUCGUGUAUUAAUAUGCAUGUAUCAGUAAUAGAGAAAUGUGGUGCUAUGCCAGGUAAGAAUCCAAGUGGAAACUGAGUAUUGAAAAUAAAAAUUAAUAUGUUACAAAGUA